AUGGACACGUCCGCAUACGACGCCAAAACGCGUCACCUGCCGCGAAUCCUGUGCCUACACGGCGGCGGCACCAACGCCGCCAUUUUCCGCACCCAGUGUCGCCAGGUUUCGCGGUCUCUGGAGCCGCACUUCCGCCUCGUCUACGUCGAGGCGCCUUAUGCGUCCCUGCCAGGCCCAGACGUCGUUCCGGUCUAUGCCGACUGCGGCCCCUUCAAGCGCUGGUUCCCCGACGGUGAAGGCUACUCGGACGCCGACGUCAUCCGCGCCAUCGACGCCUCCGUGCGCGAGGCCAUGCAGAACGACGAUGCCCGCAUCGGCUCGCCGGGCCCCUGGGUCGGCCUGCUUGGGUUCUCGCAGGGCGCCAAGCUGGCGGCCAGCCUGCUCUAUCGCCAGCAGCAGCGCGCUGCAAGGCACCCGGAACGCGUUGGCCUCUCGGAGAACUGGCGGUUCGGCGUGCUCCUGGCCGGCCGUGCGCCCAUCGUCGCGCUCGAUCUGGAGGUCUGCCGGUCCGCCAUGCUCGACAGGCCGGCAUCGGCAAGGGUGGCCGAGGGGGACCGACCCGUGUCGAGCUCCGGCGAUCCUGCAGGCGACGAGCACCUGCUGCGCCUGCCCACGCUACACGUGCACGGCACCCUUGACCCGGGGCUCGAGCUGCACCGGCAGCUGUUGGACAGGUACUGCGCCUCCGGGACGACGCGGCUGCUCGAGUGGCCCGGCAACCACCGCGUUCCAAUAAAGUCGGCUGAUGUCGAUCCGUUGGUGGAUGAGAUGCUGAAAAUGGCUGCUUCUACCGGUGUAGCGGUCUAG